AUGGACUUGAAAAUCUCCCGUCCAAGGAAGAAACAUCCAAGGACUGAAACACAGCGCAUCAAAUGGUGGAAUCUGAAGGAUCGAAAGGAGUGUGGAGGAAAUGUGGUCGUCAUACGCUUGACCGCGGAGAACACUCUGGGAAAGACGACUAUAGAUAAGCCCAAAGUACAAAAGGCUACGUGGUUUUGGAACGAGGAAGUUCAGGCGGCAAUUUGUGAGAAGAAGUCCAAGUAUAAGCUCUGGUGGAGGACACGUCAGCCUGAAGAUUGGGGUGCUCACCUAGCAACGAAGAAGGAGGCUAAGAAGGCAGUCUCCAAGGCGAAGUCGGACAGCUACAAGGCUGUGCACGACAUGCUGAUACCAGAGAAGGCGAGCGGGCAGUAUCGUUUAGUCAGAGCGCGUCAUCGCUCAGCGUUGGAUAUGGAACACACCAAGAUCGUUAAGGGAGCUGAUGGAGCCGUUCUGCGCCGCUCUGGUCAGAUCCUGGGGAGGUGGCGAGAGUACUACAAUCACUUGUGUAACGAAGAGUUCUGUCAUCCUCCCAUCCCAACCGUUCCCAGCGUCGAGGGUCCUGUUCUACCAAUUACUGCCGUCGAAGUCUGUGCUGCCCUCGCAAAAAUGAAGUCGAACAAGGCAACCGGUCCUGAUGACAUGUCUGGAAGCUGCCAGGAGAUCGAGGAAGGACGGACUCCAGACGCUUGGCAAACUUCCGUGACCGUGCCUGUCUGGAAAGGGAAAGGAGACAUUGCUGACUUCACUUCGUACAGGCCUAUACCAUACGUGCUGUGCCAUACGAUGAAGGUUUUUGAGCGUGUCCUGGAGGCUUGUCUGAGGAAAAUUGUCAGCGUUUCACCCAACCAGUGCGGUUUUGUGAAAGACUGCAGCACUAUAGAUGCUAUCCACGCUGUCCGUAUCCUCCUGGAGAAACAUCGAGAGAAGAAAUGCAGUGUGCCUUUUGCUUUUCUCGAUCUCGAGAAAGCUUUCGACCACAUAAGCUAA